CUCUUCCACGUUUAGCUUUUAGUUUUGUUUCUUUAUAGUGUCCCUAAUCAACCAGGAGGCUAGACAGCAUGGAUCCGUGACAUCAACGGUCACCGGCAUGCAACACAUGGUCAGAAUCAUGAAAAGAAAUUUGGAUUUGAAAGUGAUUGUCAGGCCUACUUGCAGCCUUGUAAACAAAAGCAGCAUGGAGAAGCCUAGUUCCUACUGUUCUUUUUACUACUGUUAACCUAGGCAGGAGAUGUAUGUUACUCCCCAGGAAUCAGACCAUUUACCUGGACUCCCUGAGUAUGUUAAAAUAGUAGAAGUUGGACCUAGAGAUGGACUGCAGAAUGAAACGGUUAUAGUUCCUACAGAUAUAAAAAUCGAAUUCAUCAAUCAACUGUCCCAAACUGGCUUGUCUGUGAUAGAAGUGACCAGCUUUGUAUCCUCUAAAUGGGUACCACAGAUGGCUGAUCAUGCUGAAGUGAUGAAAGGCAUCCAUCGGUAUCCUGGCAUUCGAUACCCUGUUCUUACUCCAAAUCUUCAGGGUUUUCACCGUGCUGUUGCUGCUGGAGCCACUGAGAUAUCGGUUUUUGGUGCUGCAUCUGAAUCCUUUUGCAAGAAGAAUAUUAACUGUUCCAUUGAAGAAAGUAUGGGAAAAUUUGAAGAUGUCAUUAAGUCUGCAAGGCAAAUGAAUAUUCCAGCACGAGGGUAUGUGUCUUGUGCCCUGGGCUGUCCGUAUGAGGGAAGCAUUACGCCACAAAAAGUGACAGAACAGGUAUCUAAGAGACUGUACAGCAUGGGCUGCUAUGAGAUCUCUCUGGGAGACACAACUGGAGUAGGAACGCCAGGAAGCAUGAAGAGAAUGCUGGAGAGGGUCAUGAAAGAAAUCCCGCCAGCCGCCCUGGCGGUUCACUGUCACGACACGUAUGGUCAAGCCCUGGCCAAUAUCCUGACCGCCCUGCAGCCUUGGGUGUCUUGGUGUGUUUUCCAGAUGGGCAUUACUGUGGUGGACUCCGCGGUGUCGGGAUUGGGCGGCUGCCCUUAUGCGAAAGGCGCCUCUGGGAACGUGGCCACCGAGGAUCUGAUCUACAUGCUGAACGGCCUGGGACUCAACACAGGUGUGAAUCUCUACAAAGUGAUGGAAGCUGGUGACUUUAUUUGCAAGGCUGUGAAUAAAACUACAAACUCCAAAGUUGCACAAGCUUCUUUCAAACCUUGACUUGAAAAUACUUACGACUUAAGAUUGAGAUGUUCCCUUUCAGCUACAGAGAUUCAUCUGAAAAUCAAUGCCAACUCAUUCUGCAAUGCAAAGUAAUAGACAAGAGCAGAAAAUGAAGACAUUGUUAUAAAGAUUUUGCCUGGAUAGACUAUGAAGUCAAUGGGAAACAGUAUAGACAUCAGGUAAAUUGCAAGCUGAAGAUAAAUAAUAAAACUUGUUGACAUCUUUUUGAACUGAAAGAAGAAAGGCUACUCUUUGGUCUCCUAGAAAUAACUCUUUGGUAGAUGUAAAAACAGACAUCAGAUUCCCCUAGGUAUCAAGUAUGUGUCACUGUUUAGUUGAGCCAGCUUAGCACAGUGUGUGUGCUUUCAGUAGUUCAUGAGCUCCUGCUCAGUGUGCCCAAUGAGUGCAUGGCCUCAGCACUUUGCCUUGGGACCCUGGGCUCUCAACUUCCAUUGGCCAAGUCAGCUAAGUCAUGGACCAAGAGCCAAAUCUCUAUCUGACCCUACACAACUUUUAGCAAUGGAGCAUUUAUAUUUCAAGUGUGGCUAACAUCUGUUAACUAUUUCAGUGACUUUAUCUUGUUCCAAGAAGCUGUGGUCAAUGGCAAGAUGCCAUAUCCUGGAUACGCAGUGUGACCUCCCACAUUUGUUACAUGCCUCCAAUUUACCCUCCUUCACCUUUCAUCAGUUACAGUUACAGUUACAGUGAAAUCCAGCAUGGUAUUACUCCUCUACAGAGAAGUUAGAAGGCAUGGUUUUUGACCCAAUGUCUAAACUGUGCUGAUGAGAACAGGUUGAUAUAUGUACCAUAAUUUACUUCAAUAGUUUAAGUUCACUUUCAAAUUGCCCAAGAGAAUAUUGUUCGGCUCCUAGGAACUUCAAGACAAUAUUUAAUUCAUAACAUAAGCUGUUUUACAUUGAUUUAUGAUACCAUAUUUUGAUUACUUCAGAUCAUUUUGGUUGACUUUUUAAUGAUUGUGUUUUAAGAUAAGUAGCAGAAAUUUUGUCUGUUGCCCUAGAAAGCAUUGGCAGAGACAGCAAGAAAUUAAUAUAUCAAAGAUGGAGACGAGGUAAAAGGAGUCUGUGUCAGAAAAAAUGUUUCUGUAGUAACUUAUGCAAAUUAUACAGGGACUGUAUUAUUACACGUGGAUCUAGAAUGUGAGAUGUAUUAUUUAUAUAGGCUUCUCCAAUGCUACUGGGUGAUCUUUGAGCAAAUUUUAAUAUAAAUUCAAAUAUGAUAGUGAGUAUUGUGAACUACAUAGGAAAUAGUCUUCAAAACCAUCAAAAUAAAAAAAGAAAUUCAAACACUAAGAGAAGUACUGAUUACAGAUAAGUUUCCUUUUUAUUAGUACGUAUUUGGGGUACAUAAUGAUUACACCUUUGUGGGGAGUUGGUACACGUACAAAACACAUCUUGAUUCCUUUCUUCGUUCAACUAUCUUUAAAGAUACACUGUAAUGUAAAGUCACAAGGGAAGUGUACUGUUGACAGAUGGAACCAAAUCUGAAUUCCUGUGGAGGAAGCUACCUUAGCAGUCUGUGACAUGGUUUUGGAGGAGGGGCUCAAUGGCAUGGUGAUCUUCUAGAGUCUUCCAGAGUCCUACUUGUACUUUGGGGUCUCUUUCUCUUCCUCUAGAUAACUUCAAAAGAAUUUAUUUUCUAGUUGAGGGGCCAUUCGGAUAAUCUCAUAAAGCAGUCUAAUGUCUAUAGGUCCCAUCUCCUAUCGCAGUUAUAUUUCACCAAUAAAGAGGUCUUGGAAUACACAUACUGAUACCAGGCUUGGUUCUGUGGGGAGAGCUUAAGAAUGACAGAGUAAUUACAACUUUCACUGCAAUGCAAAUCACAAUAAUAUUUUACAAAAUCAAAAGAUAUUCUGUGCUCUAGAACCUGUAACAUAUUUUAUCAUGCGUAUGUGUCAAUGAUUUAUUAGGGGCAAAUAUCAUAAGACUAAAUUCAUUAAACCAUAGAAGUUUUCUUAAUCCUGAAUUCAUGAAAUCGACAAAGCAAAUAAAUUGAAUCUGCCCAUAAA